UGAUGGUGAUGAAGAGGAUCUCAGUCCCUCCUCCGUCUCCCUUCUUCUUUUAUUUAUUCAUCAAUUCCUUGGCUGCUGAAGCAGUUGAAGCUUUUUCUUGCCGUCAGAUGUUGAGAUGAAAUUUCAGCCGACGCUGCCGACUGAGGUUGAACUUUGAGAAUUCUACAAACUAAAUUCCAGACAUCCAUCACCACCGGAAUGCAAACGUCAACAAAUGUUCCUAAAUUUCAGAAGGAUUUUGUCCAAUCGGAAUGCCCGAUUCCAGAGGAGGCGGGCUUUGAAGAUGUCCUUGACAACACAGAUCCCAAUGCCAACUGGGGGACCGAGCCUAAUUUCAAUCUCAACCUAAAUCGGACUUCACCCAGCAACCCCCGGCCGGCCUCAGAGACCUCAGGGCAGCAUGGAGAGAACCAAAAGGCCAACGGGAAUAAAGAUGGUGGUAAACCUGGAGCGAAGGGGGCAGUUACUACGGAAACUACCUUGACAACCACAAUUGCAGCUUUGUGUCAUUCACCAACAGCCGAGGCGUCACCAAAUAACAGAGGCGAUCAAAGGCUGAAAUUAUCAAACCCAAAACAUACCCCAACAUUCAGCCCUAAGGCACCGAGUCCAAAACCCGACCGGGUGGAUCCCCUGGUUGCUUCUAGCCCCAGAAUGACCGAACGAGUCCAAACACAGAUGCUAGGGACAGAAUCUACAAGCAUCUCAAGCUCGAUACCACAAAUAGCACUGACAACGGAAAUGGCAACAAAGACUACAAGCAAAAUAACUGUGAGCCUAAAAAUGCGAAGGAAUCGUGGAGAAGAUGGUGGAAAAGGAAUUAGCACAGAGACACCGUCACCAAACAUGCUACACCCUCCCAUAAGCCCCAAAGUCCACAAUGAGAAAGGGGAUCCUUGUGUUAUCAGUCCAGGACCGGCCAGUCGAACCCCAACAAUAACAACCAAAACCCGAAUACCAGAUCCAGAAAGCACGACGACCAAAACCAAGUCAGGUCAACAAGCUGGCAACGACUCUAGAACUUCCAGUUCACAAAAUGAAAGGGUCGAAUCAACAACGCGAAGCACCAAGACCCUUCAAAUAAGUUCUGUUAGUCCCAAACCAUCCAAGCAGAGAGAAGCUACUGGGACCAGAAACAGCAACACAUCACGGUCCAAGGAGAAUCUUGACAUUGAAGACUCAAGUGCCGGGUCUGGGUCCAAAACUAGUCUGGAUUCUAAAGCUAGCGCCAGUGCUAAAUCCACAAUGGGAUCCAGAGAUAGUUUGGAUUCUAAAAGUGGUUCUGCUUCAAAAAUCAGUUUGGGAUCAAAGGACAGUUUAUACUCUAAAACUGGGUCAAUUUCUAAAACCAGUCCGAACUCCAAGUCCAGGAUGGGUUCCAGAGAUAGCCUUGAUUCCAAAACUGCUUCUGAAAUCAAAACAAGUUCUGGAUCUAAAAUGGUUGUGGGUUCCAAAUCAAUCAAAAUGUCAAAGGAUGCCCCGUCUCCUAAAGCUCAGACUCCUUCAGACUCUAAAGUCAGUUUCAAACCUGGUUCUGAGUUGAAUCUAAUCUCUAGUGUUGAUACUGUUUCCAGUUCUAAACCUGCUCUGAUGACCUCUGGCUCAAAGAUGGAGCUUUUCAGAUCUAUAUCCCCAUCUUCCUCUAGAUCUGUUCUGUCUGGGUCCAAAGACGACAACCUCAAAACUACACCCAGUCCAGAUCCUAAAGCUGGAUCAGAGUCUUCCCAGGCGUGGGCAGAUGUUUCUUCUUCAUCCUUGAUGCUUUCUCCGAGACCUGGUUCAGAAAGCAGGAGGCCUGGCUCUGGUCCCGGCUCUGGUCCUGGCUCUGUUCCUGGCUCUGGUCCUGGUACAAGUCUUGGGCCUAAUCUAGUGGGAUCAAGCAGGGAGGUCCAGAAGAGUCCUGGUUCUGUUCCAAGUCCUGAUGUGAUUUCAGGUGCGCUGACUCCUGUGGCCUCCUCCUGCCCCAAAACUAGAACCACUGUUGCCUUGACAACGAGAGGGGGAUCCGCAUCAGAGGCUGCUGUUCAAGUCAAUCCCAUCAGCACCAGCGCCAGUCUCACCAUUGACUCACCAGAUGAAACGAGUGCUGCCGUUGAGGAGGAACCUUUGAAACUGCUGGAGACCAAAGUGACAGCUGCAGGAGGACUGGUGGCCUCCCUGGGGGGUGUUCGAAGGGCAGGUGUAACUGGCAAUGCAGCGCUGUCGCCAGCAGAUACCAGAAGCAUAUUAGGCACCCCAUCAAGUAAACCCCGUCACCAGGGAGAUGCAAAUGCCAUCACCGCUGGCAGCAACAUCCCAUCGUCAAGGGCAACAGUAGUAGAGGGUAAGAGAGAGUGCAAGACGAAGCAGGAGAGGGGGAGCCAGAAAGAUCAUCUGGAAAGUUCUUCUUCACCCAUCCAUCCUUUUUCUCCUCCUCCUCCUCAUUCAACAAGCUCCAAGAGGGUCAGGGAGACAGCGACUAUGACUGACCCCAGUGAGAAGCUCCAACUGCAGGCAGGGGAGCAGAGGGAUGUGGGCGUACAGGUGGAGGUGGAGGUAGUCAAACACUCAGCUUCCACAAGCCCAGACCUCCACAGGGAGGCUGCCACCUCCUCCCUGAUUGGCUCCCCCAGCUGUCAAUCAGGCAGUUUGGCCUCACAAAUGGUCCCAUCAUUAUGCUGCAUCCCUGCCGGUCAACCGCCCUUCCAGCAUGUCUGCAAGAUCCACAUCGAGCUGCGCAGCCAAUCAGUGCUUCCUUCUGUUGUGACUGACAAGGCUAGUUCCCUCCCUGCCAGUCCGCGUACGUACAGCUUCCAGCAGAGCCCCGGACUCAUGUCAGUGCUCGGACUCAGACAAAACCAAGACCGAGAUGUUAGUGCUGAGAGAUCAUUGGAGGAAGAGGAGGAGAAGGUGGACGACAAAGGAGCAAGAGAGCAAGAAGAAGAGGAGGAUGAGGACAGGGAUGAAGAGGAAAGAGAAGAGAUGGUGAAGCCACAGAAGGUGGUGUGGGAUGAGCAGGGGAUGACGUGGGAGGUGUACGGGGCCUCAGUGGACCUGGAGUCCCUGGGCACAGCGAUCCAGUUGCACCUGGAGUCCAAGAUUCGGGAGCAGGAGAAACACAUCAGUACUCUGAGGAAGUCCAUCUGCUCUGACAGCAGCCUCAGAGGAGAUAAGAUGAAGAAAAGGAGGAAGAAGGGAGGAGGGAUUCUGGGAUGUUGUAGGAAGAAACCUGCUGUGGCAGACUGAGUCCAGAAAGUUCAAACUCACACUCAUUUAAAAACACACGUUGAUAAAGGAGACGUCGACACGGUAUCCACACAACACACGUUUACUGCUGUACCAUGUUUCCUCUGUUAGGAAUCAGUUUGUUCUGCAUGUUCCACUUUACUGACACAUACAUGACACAUGUCAAACACAUGUUAUGAUUUAUGCUAAUAUAUUUUACUCUUUUGUUUGUUUGGAGCUGAAGCUAAAGCAUUUACUUGAACUGUGGAUAAAGUCGCGCUACCUGUGUCCUAAUUCAGGGGCCUCGUCCUUCGUAGGCCAUGUGGACCUCAAGGGCCGAACCCCUGUCGAAGCAUUAGCUACUUUGAGCCACUGCACUUAGCUAGCUGCCAUCGCUAACUUACCAAGUUAUUAUUCAAACAACGAGUGUCGUCGUACACUUAAAUGUUCCGAAGAUUCUGUUUCCUCUUUGAUGUUUUCCGCCAUAUUCUCUCUUUGAAAAGCGAAGUGUAGGUCAUAAACCCUUCCUCCUCCAUGUUAAUAGAUGGGACAUGGACCAAACUAAACAAAGUAGAUGUUAAAUACAUUUUGUGGUCUUUUGGAGUCGAUCCCUGAAUUGCGACACUUCUCAGGUCUGAACUAUUUUUAUCUGACUCCGAGUCUGAUUGGUCCUCGGUCUCGGGGGUGGAAGAUGUUGACGUGCAGCAGAGAGGACAGAAGCUCUCUGCUCUUUCUUGCUGCUAAAUAUUUCAUCCACUUCCCUUUUUUACAAAAUGCAGCACAAAGCACUCAAGCAGUCGCUCACCCAGAAAUCCACCAGUGCAAAUAUCUCAGAGGGCACCUAACCCCUUCCUUCCCUUCACUUUCAUAUCCUUUCCUUUAACUUUCCUUUUUUCAUUCCUGAGCUUUACUAAUGUGAUACGUUGAGUUUUACAUUUGGCUUCAUGACAUUUAAUUUGAUCUGACAUACAUGUACUUUUCUGUGUAUCCCGUCAUCACGAGGCUCCAGUUGGAACACGCGUGUCCUACUUACUCCAUUAAACAUAUGAACUUUCAGUUUAUCUCCCAUCCUCCAUUUUCUCCUCUCACUCUUUACCUUCCUCAUCUCACGUUCUCUCUCUGUGACCUCUUCUUCAUCACCUCUGUCCUCUUUUACUCCUCCUCUGGUGGAGUUGUGUGUUGAUGCAGAUUUCCUCUCUGAAUUAUUCAGUUACAUUAAAGUCACACUGUUAACAACA